CUCGCGCACCUGUUUAAGUAUUAGACCAAAUUUAACAAGAAAAGGCACGCUUGAAAGUCGGCUUUUGAUUCAAUGCACAUUGCAGAUCUACUGUUUCCGCGUAUUGAUAAGUUCUCAAAAUGAUCGUUGGCCGCCCCGAUUAUUAUACCAGAUUCCCUGCUUCAAACAGUAUUCAUCGAACGGAGAUAGUCGAAGACCAAGAAUCCUUGAGUAGAUUGGAGAACACUUUCUGGAAACUACAGAGCAUCCCCCAGUUCAGUGACGAGGGGGGUCAACUGUUCGAUCAGGAGAACAUACUGAAGUCGUUUGGGAUACGGCGAAACAGUGAGGAAUAUUGGGAGAACAACAUAAUAAAAGAAAAUGACAGGGAGCAAACUUUGGAGCCAACAACAACAGGCCCGACUGUGAACCUGAUUGAAGUGAGAGACAACUACCCCCGGAACCCAAAAGCCACAUUCUCAUUAUCUGUCGAUACCCAGGGAUCCAGUGGAACAACCAGUCUUCUCCCCAUCGACAACCACUGUCUCACUCCUGACGUCACAGCAGCCAACACUCCGGUGAUGCGAACGAAUGAGGGACACAAUAAGAAUCUACAAAUGUCUACUAUGAACAACAGAACUAACCUGACAAUUUCCAACUCAUCGAUACAACGCAGUAGAGAUUUGAGGCCAAUGGAUGAUGUUUGGUUCCUUACUCCUGUUUUUGCCAAAUACUUCCCUGACACAGACGAGGCAGAUCUGCAGUACCUGAUUCGCAAGCGAGAUUUCAAUCUCACGUCGGCGUUGAAAGAUCCCGACAAAAAGUACUUCGAGUGGCAGACGGCCUUCAAAUUCCAUCUGCAAGUUUUCCAACCAGGCUAUUCAAGUCAAGAAAGACAACUAUUUGACUCGGAUGAGCUAUUAGAAACUCCUCGAAACAAAGUCUUAACUAAACGACGACCAGCUCUAUGCCCUCGCACUGGUAUUUACCCUUUGAAUGGGGGAAUCACUCUAAAAAGCGGUUCCAACUAUUCUGAUGGAAUGUCGGAGCAGUUGGUCCAAUACCCUAACAGAGUACACCUAGUGAACAAAUUUCUGGAGGAAAAUGAGCCGCCUGAGGAGCCUAGGAAGGAUGAGGUGCUAGCUGAUAUGAUGGCACAGCAUGAGAUGUACAAACUGUUGAAUGUGUCUCCAUCUAUUCUGAAUGCCAAGUUCUUCAAGCCUCUCCCAGAUGUCUCAACCAGUGUCGCUCCACUUAUCCAUAUUCGGCGACCGGGAGGCAAUAUAUGAUAUAAACCAUCUGAUGCUAUAUGUGAAGUAACAACAAUUGCAACAAUU